AUGGGAUAUUCAGCAAGUACUUCCUUCGGUAGUGACAUAAUUACCACGGCGCCGGCCAGCAUCACGAUGAUCGCCGUGCUUAUCAUCGCCGUCGGCAUAUCAUCGGCCGCGGGACAAGGGAUGUUGAGGGAGAACUUCUACGCCGGGAGUUGCCCGAACGUGGAGGCCGUCGUUCAGCAGGUGGUGGCGACCAAAGCCAGCCAGCAGUUUACGACCAUCCCGGCCACUCUCCGCCUCUUCUUCCAUGACUGCUUCGUCACCGGCUGCGAUGCGUCAGUAAUGGUGGCAUCACCAAAUGGAGAUGCGGAGAAAGAUGCCGCGGACAACCUUUCCCUCGCCGGUGAUGGUUUCGACACAAUUGUAAGAUCAAAAACUGCGGUGGAAGCCAUAUGUCCCGGAGUUGUCUCUUGUGCAGACAUCAUGGCCAUUGCCGCUCGCUGGAGGCCCAUCAUUUGCAGUGGAACUGGGGCGAAGGGAUGGUAUGGUUUCCAACGCAUCCCUCGUGGCUGGAAACCUGCCCGAGCCCAAUUCGACAUGAUCGCGCUCUCUGGGGCUCACACGCUCGGCUUCUCCCACUGCGACCGCUUUGCCAACCGCCUCUACUCGUUUUCCAAAACAUCUACAGUCGAUCCUUCCUUGAAUGUAACUUAUGCUCAGGAGCUUAUGAAGGCAUGCCCUCAAAACGUGGACCCUAGCAUUGCCAUCGACAUGGACCCCACUACGGCACGGACGUUCGACAAUGUGUACUACCAGAAUUUGGUUGAAGGCAUGGGUUUGUUCACUUCGGAUGAGGUGUUGUAUUCUAAUCCGAGGUCUCAGCCAACUGUGCUGGAUUUCGCGAGGAAUGCUGGCGAUUUCAAUGGAGCUUUUUCAUUUGCGAUGAGGAAGUUGGGGCGAGUCGGGGUGAAGACCGGGAGCCAAGGGAGUAUAAGGAGUGACUGCACAAACAUAAACUCUUAG